AUGGGAGGACGAAACUCUCUUCAGGUGUACAGAUAUGAGUUCCAAAUAUUUUAUUAUAAUGAUACAAGAUCUCUUCAGCCUGAUGACAUCAUGAACUCAGCAGCUCUUGUCUCGUUGCGUGACAAGUCAUCACCUCAGCCUGAUGACAUCAUGAGCUCAGCAGCUCUUGUCUCGUUGCAUGGUAACAAAAGCAACGACUCUCUCACUCCUAUGCACAGUUGGACUAAUCACGAGCAGAAUGGAGAAUAUUGGUUGACAGCUUUCUCCAACCGUAGUGAUAGCAUAGAUGAUGGACAAGCUUCGCAAUAUACAGCCGCCAUGGCAUUUAUGGAGAACAUUUUGCUUUCUGCGUUUUUCUUGCAAUUUGAUUACUUGAUUAUUAUCAAUUAA